GAGAGUCGAACAGAUGAGUGCAGACUUCCUUGUUUACAAGAACAUUUGACAACACUACAGGCCGGCUUCUUUGAAUCAGGUGUGUCAACAUGUCGGCAAGUCAAGCGGACGCAAAUCCUUCUGUGAAGAAUCCUACAGAGGCCUUAGCUUUAGCUCUUAGCUGCCCUAUCUGCUUGCAGAUGUACUCUGAGCCAGUGUUCCUCCCCUGCGGUCAUAUCUACUGCCAUGCCUGCAUUCAGACAAUGGGAGAGGGGCUGGACCAUCACAGCUGCCCAGAGUGCCAGGCUGACUACCAAGGGAAGCAAGCAGUUGUGACAAGCUCCAAGAUGUGCAGCAUUGUCGAGUCCUACAAAGCCGCUGCAGCUCAAGCCAAGCCGGCUAAAUGUUAUGAAAAUGACUUGUGUCCAGUUGGGGAGGAAUGGAACACCAGAGGCCGACUAAAUAUAAGUGAGCAGAGCUCGGGGAGUGAGGAACAUGAAUCCAAACCUCAGACUGGACUGACGAAGUUGAAACUGGCGUCUUACGCCACAGAGUUAGCCGUGCAGUUGGAGAUGGCGGAGGAUGCGUUGAAGAGAGAGAAGGAACAGGAGGCUGAGCUGACUGCUGCUAAUGCGCUGCAAAGAGAAAAAGCAUCCAAACAUCUGCAGCAGAUGAAUGACUUGCUGCAGAAGUAUAGUGUGCAGGUGAUGCAGCUGAUGGAUGAGGAGCUUUCUCCAGGUGAAGCUAGCAUGAAGCAGAGAGUCAGCCAGGCCUCUCAGCUGACCAUGCAGCUGAGACACGUCCUGCUCAGAACCCAGUCUCUUUUAGCUGAAGAAGAUGAAACCGAGUUCACAGAAGACCUUCAAGAUCUUCACCCACACAUUGUGCACAUGAUUGGAAGACCUAUCGGAGAAGAGCAGGACCGUGUGGAGUCAAAAGUCAACCCGGCUCGUGUCGUUCCUAAAUUAGAAGACAUGUACUCUGAGAUCAAGGAAAGACUCGGUGUGAUUCAGCGCUCCCUCCGCAACACUCUCAACCCAUCUGAGGUGACCUUUGACCAAACGACAGCUCAUCCUAACCUUGUCCUCUCGGAGGACUUGAAGACUGUGACGUUCAGUGCUAAGAAGCAGCCCUACCCUCCUUCUCCUCAAAGAUUCACAAGCUUCUUCCAGGUCCUCAGCUCCCAGAGCUUUUCCGAAGGCGACCACUGCUGGGAGGUGGAGCUAGACGGCGCUCCUUGGAUCAUCGGGUUGUGCUACAGCGGGAAGCUGGAGCGAAGUGGCAUCUCCUCAGCUCUGGAAAGCAGCCAGGGUUCCUGGUGCCUCAUGUGGUUCAACAACUUGCUGACAGCCUUCGAGCAGGGUCGAGAUGUGCCUCUGAUGAGGACCACUGUGUCGUGCAGGCUGGAGGUCAGGCUGAGCUUCAGCAGCCACACACUGAGCUUCUAUAACAUCAGCUCCACGGGCGGAAAGAUGCUUGUGCACACUUGUGAGGUAAACUUGACUGAACCUGUGCACCUGGCCUAUAGGAUGAUGUCAGGACACCCCAAAGCACGUGUCACCAUCAUUUCAUAAUGAUCUCUUUUCAACCUUGUCGAUUGACUUUGCAAAUCCGCAACACACACAAUGCAGAAUCUAAUAGGGUCUAAGAGCUGUGUCAAAAAUUACGUUUACAUCAAGAAAACUAGCAGGAAAUCAGAAGAGUGCCUGCAUAAAUGUGGCCUGCAUAUCAAAGCAGAACAGUAUGAAACUAUAAGAUGAUACGUAAAGAAUUCCCAAGUUAAAUCAGCUAUUCUUGGGGGGGAAGAAAGAUUUAAAGCAAACAUUAGAGAUGUAACUUAUUGCCACAUUAUUUCAUUAGAUUUGAAAAACACUGACAUAGAGGAAUUAAUUGAACAAUAUGUUUAUUAUUAUGCUUGUUAAUUUCAAUGGUGUAACAUAACACUGUAUUACAUGAUACUGUCAGGUGAUUACAGGAAGUGAAUAUUAAAUGAAUACGCCUCUCUUUGAAACAUAGUUCAAGAAUAGAGCUAGAAAUGAUAUAAUGAAGUAAGCAUGAAUGUAAAUUAAUAAUAUUGAAAUAUAAUAGAGUAAUACGGUCAGUAAAUAUGAAAUUAAUUAAACACAUGUUUUUUAUGAUGCUAGUUUGAAGUGGUGUAGAAAUGCACCGCAUCAUACUGGCAUGUACAAUUUGACUCAUGUCGCUAAAUAAAAAAAAGAAAAGAAACCGCUUUCAAUAUGGCGCAAUGCAACUCAGUAAAUGUAAAAAUACCUGACGGCUUAAAAAAUAGUGCAGAAAUUAUAUUUUUACAUGUUUGCCUUUUGUAACAUUAGAAACAACAAAAUGUAGGCAUUUAUAUGUCUGGAAAAUAAAUAAUGUAA